AUGCUGGACUGCGCUCGUACCAAGGGCCCGUGUUCUGUUAAACCUGUACCUGAUCCACCGCCAUGUCCGCCUCCGCCUCGACCUCCAUUUCCUUGGAUAUAUGUCUGGUCUCUCGCUUGUUUCUUUAGUUUGAUGGGGCUGGUAAGUAAGAAAGAUAAUAGGCGUCCUCGUCGCAAAUUGAAACAUCCUUUCCACAGUGGAGAUCUUCCGGUAUGCGUUCAGUAUCUGAUUAUAGGAGCAGGGGCCGCUGGAUGGGCAGCUUACAGAGCAAUCAUGGAGCAUGAUAAAACUGCAAAGGUGUUUUUCAUCACAAAGGAAGAUUGCUUGCCAUAUAUGCAACCACCUAUGUCUAAACACAUGUGGUGGAAUCCUGAGCCACCUGAUUUGGCCACCUUAAAUUACAUUGAGGAUGGCAAACCACAUACUAUGUACUUAGCUGAAUGCUCUCAAUUUAUGGACCCUAUUAAGUUUUACCGCAAGAAGAUAGGUCCAGCAGUGUCGAUAGCGACAGGCUGGUGUGUUCUGAGGGUGGAUGCUGACGACCAUGUAGCGUGGGUGAAGACACUGUGUGGGGAACAGCCAAUUUAUUACGAGAGAUGUCUGAUUGCACCCGGAGCAAAAGCAAAGAAUUUAUCAGUAUUUAAGUCGGCUCCGAAACCAGUACGAGAUAAAGUGUGUACGCUUCGAACUAUACGAGAUUUGGAGAUCGCAUAUCGGAAGGUGAAGGCAUCGAAGCAUGUUGUAGUUAUUGGUGGAGGCUUUUUAGGAUGUGAACUGGCUUGGUAUUUGGGAAGAAUGAAUAAAGAGGUGGAACGUCAUGAAGACGAAGAGCCUAUUCAGAUUGUACACAUGAUGAAGGACAAAGGCAUAAUGGCAGGAGCUUUGCCAGAAUACAUUGGCGAAUGGGCGGCUGAAAAAAUAAAGUGCGAAGGAGUAACAGUUAUUCCCAAAAUCCAAGUGUAUGACGCCUUUGAGACUCCAGAUGGUCGAGUUGAAUUAACAUUAUCUAAUGGAUCAUCUCUUGUCACCGACUACGUUUUAGUCGCAGUUGGUACGGAGCCACGAGAUGAAUUAGCGGAGCCAUCAUUUUUAGAACUAGACCCUGUUAAUGGUGGAUUUCUCGUUAACACCGAGUUAGAAGCUAGGACACAUUUAUAUGUGGCAGGGGACGCAGCCAGUUUUUACUCUCAAUGGAAGGACACUAGACUUCGUUUAGCUCAUUACGGCAAUGCAGAGGAGCAAGGCUACGUGGCCGGCGCAAAUAUGACGGGCUACUGGAUACCAUGUAAUAUGGAGCCACAUUUUAAACUCAAACUCGGAACUUCUUUGGAGAUGGAGGGCGUAGGUGAGAUCGGUGCUUGUAUGCCCACGGUGGGAGUGUUCAAGCCUUGCAGUGAGGCCCCCAAGCCGCAAGCGCCAACCGCGGGCGACGGUGACCAGCCUUGUUAUAAGAAG